AUGUUUCUUAAACGCAAAACUUCCAAUCAGGAUGGUAUCAACAAAGAACAUAUCCCCGAGGACAACCCGGGUUGGAAAUCGCUGUUCGGAUUCACGACUCGAAGACACCUGCCCACUCUCAUACUGGGAUCUAUGUUCGCCCUUGUGGCUAGUCUUGUCACGCCAGCACUUGCAAUCUUCCUUGGCAAUGUGUUUGACUCGUUCAACUCUUUCGGCGCGGAUAAAACUGAUGCCAAAGGGCUUCAUAGCCAAGUAAUCACAAAUUGUCUGGGGAUGAUUGGAUUGGGAGUAGCUGGUUGGUUUUUGAACGGUGCAUAUUAUGCCCUGUUUGUCGCAUUUGGAGAAAUGCAGGCCUCCGUUCUUCGCAGCGAAGUGUUUCUAGAGUUGCUCAAACGCGACCUUGGGUGGUUCGAAGCCAAAAGCGAAGGCUCCGGGGCUUUGUUGUCAGGAAUUCAAGCGCACAUUCAUGAAAUGCAAAUGGCAACAUCACAGCCACUCGGGCUUGUAUUGCAAUAUUCUUGCCGUUCACUGGCUUCACUGGGGCUGGGCUUCUAUACAUCGUGGAGCCUCUCUCUGGUAACACUUGCAGGAAUUCCCAUAUUCUCGGCAAUCAUCGGAUAUCUUUCUUCCAAAAUGAGAUUUAGCAUCACAGCACAGCAGGCUGAGCUUACCGAGGCUUCCAAGGUUGCUAACAAUGCCAUCACCAAUAUCGAUACGGUGAAGUGCCUCAAUGGGCAGGCCUUCGAGCAUCGGAAUUUCGCUGAGCGUAUUGAGAGAUCUGCCACACACUACCUUCGACAAGCUCGGUUGAAUUCCCUUCAAAUCGCUAUCAUCCGGUGGAUGAUGUUCGGAAUGUUUGUUCAGGGGUUCUGGUAUGGCAGUUCGCUUGCGCGCGCCGGGAAGCUCACAUCCGGAGAAGUUCUAAGAACUUUCUGGGCCUGUUUAACCGCGGCUCAGUCUAUUGAGCAGGUGUUGCCACAGAUUAUUGUGAUGGAAAAAGGAAAGGUCGCUGGUGCCGCAUUGAACUCCAUAAUACAGAGUCAGAGGAAAAGCAAAAUUGCGAGCGAGGUCAACGGAACUCGAUAUCCGGAGCACUGUGAAGGUGAUAUCAAGGUCAAAAACGUAUCAUUUUCAUAUCCUAGCCAGCCUGAUCAAUGUGUUCUCAAGCCAUCAACCUUCUUCUUCCCCGCUGGAGAAACGACGUUUGUUAUAGGUAAAAGCGGCUCUGGUAAAAGUACCCUCAGCCAACUGCUGAUGCGAUUCUACUUGCCAACUUCAGGCGAAAUCUUGAUUGACCGCAAUCCAAUGCAAGAACUCGACAUCAACUGGAUCCGCAACAACAUUACCCUUCUAGAACAAAAAAGUGUUCUCUUCAAUGAGUCUGUUAUCACGAACAUUGCCUUUGGUCGUCAGGACCAUGUAACUGUCACCAAGCAAGAUGUCAAAGAUCCCAUCGAGUUGGCCAUGCUUCAGAAUACAAUCGACGGGCUUCCCAAAGGACUCGAGACUUGCGUUGGCCCCGGUGGAAGCUUUUUGAGCGGUGGUCAAAGGCAGCGAGUUGCAAUUGCCAGAGCGAAAUUACGUGACACGCCCAUUUUGAUCCUAGAUGAACCCACCAGUGCUCUUGAUCACACCAACCGAGUUGCGGUAAUGAAGGCAAUCAGUGAAUGGCGGAAAGGGAAGACUACAAUCAUCAUCACUCACGAUAUGUCACAAAUCAUGGAACAGGAUUUCCUGUACAUCCUCGAACAAGGUUCGAUUGUGGAAUCUGGCUUCAGACAUGCUGUCGAGGCCAAUCCGGGCAGCGAAAAGUAUUUUCACACGAAGGUGGACGGUUCUUUAGAACUCAAGGCCCAGAACAAGAGGGCUUUGGAUGAUAAGCACAAUUCGUGGGAAAGCUCAUCAUCGGAGAGCUUGAACACAUUAAGACCCCAAACGGCUGUUCUCAGACAUCGUCGAGCCAGAGAAUCAUGGGCACAAGGCCAUAUCCCCCCAAACUUUGGGUCCGGCUCACUGGAGUUGAUGGCGAGAAGAAAUUCGGAAUAUGUGGUCAGAAAUGGAGAGUUUUCUGGAUCUUCUUUGCAAGAUCGGAAUCAACGUAUCUCUCUCAUGACCCAAGGAUCUGGUCUCCAAUGGGAUUCGAAAGAAACAACUAUCCAACCUCCUGCGGAAGAAGUUGAAAUGGUUCAUAUUGAUGAUCAUAGUUUGGACUCGGAUCCAUGGCCCAAUCCACAGACUGCGAAAAGUCCGUCAGAGACAAAAAGCAGCCGGAGAUCACAUGGACACCGCAAGAAGAUGAAAGAUCAGCCUACACCGAAAGAACGAAUGACUCCGCUCUCUAAAAUCAUGGGCACUAUUCUGUCGACUCUAACGCUCAGACAGCGAAUCAUCCUCUUUCUAGGAUUCGCCGCAGCACUGGCCCAUGCAAGCGCAACCCCGAUAUUUUCAUAUUGUCUGUCGCAGCUGUUCGGAACCUUCUAUGCAGAAAACAACAGUGAGCACCUGACAAUGAAAUGGUCACUUGCUGUACUAGGGGUAUCUUUCGGAGACGGCCUUGCGUCAUUUUUCAUGCAUUAUUUCCUAGAACUCUGCGGCGAGGCUUGGAUAGAUUCCUUUAGAAAGAAUGCCUUCCAACGCAUCCUCGAUCAACCACGGGCCUGGUUUGAGAAAGAUGGCAACGGAUCUCUCAGACUCACGUCGUCUCUCGAUCAGAAUGGAGAAGAUAUGCGAAAUUUGCUGGGCCGUUUUGCCGGCUUUGUGGUUGUUGCUGCUGCAAUCACCGUCAUGGCAAUUAUCUGGAGCUUGAUUGUUUGCUGGAAGUUGACACUUGUUGCUCUAUCCUGUGGGCCUGUCAUUUAUAUUAUCACUCGAGGCUUCGAGGGAACAAAUGGCUUAUGGGAAAGACGAUGCAAUGAUGCUAAUGGUAUCGCUGCCGAUGUCUUUACUGAGACCUUUUCUGAGAUUCGCACCGUGCGAACGUUGACAUUGGAAGGUCACUUCCAUCGCAAACAAGCCAAUGCGAUUGCGCACUGCUUGAUGCUGGGGUUGAAACGUGCCAUCUACACAGGCAUGCUUUUCGGUAUGGUAGAAUCGACUGUCAUAUUUUCUACCGCUUUGAUCUUCUAUUAUGGAGCAGUGCUCGCAGCAUCUCGCGAGUUCAAUGUGAACGAUGUGAUGAUGGUAUUCUCAAUGCUACUCUUUAGCAUUGGAUACGCUGCUCAGAUUCUCUCAUGGAUUCCCCAAAUCAACACCUCUCGCGAGAUAGCUACGCAGCUUAUUCGCCUUGCAAGACUCCCGCAAGAUGGAUCCCAUGAGCACCUCGGUAGCUUGACAGUUUCAAAUCUCACCCCGAUCAAGCUCACCCACGUGAAUUUCCGAUAUCCCUCUCGGCCAGACACAAUGGUGUUGAAGAAUGUCUCGAUUUCCAUUCCACGGAACUCGUGUACAGCACUCGUAGGGCGAUCCGGCUCAGGAAAAUCCACAAUCGCGUCGCUGCUAUUAUCGCUCUACGAGGCUCCUGCCUCGCAAACCGGACAACCCACAGUGACCCUCGGCGGUGUGGACAUUCUUCGACUGCAUGUUCCUACCCUCCGCUCACAGAUCUCCAUCGUAUCGCAACAACCGACUAUUUUUCCCGGUACCAUUCAUGAGAAUAUCAGUUACGGGCUAGAUCAACACUUGCCUCUAGCCUCAUCUCAUAGUGUCCGCACUGCGGCUCAAGCAGCAGGAAUUGAUGAAUUUAUCUCCUCUCUCCCACAUGGAUAUAAUACCGUGAUCGGAGAUGGCGGAGUUGGCCUUUCCGGUGGCCAGAAACAGCGUGUGGUCAUUGCGCGGGCUCUCUUGCGUCAACCCCAGAUACUGAUUCUUGAUGAAGCCACGUCCAGCUUGGAUCCCGCGGGUGCUGAGAUCGUGCGGAAGACCGUGCAGCAGCUGGUGGCCGAGCGUCAAGAGCUUACUGUCAUCAUUAUCACGCACGCGAACGAAAUGAUUGAGAUCGCGAAUCAUGUGGUUGUUCUUGAUCAGGGAGCUGUUGUAGAGGAUGGGCCGUAUCAGGAUCUGGCAAAGAUGAACGGCGGCAAGUUGCACGCCUUGCUCAGUGACCCCGAGGACGUGGGUGCUUGA